AUGAAGAUUGAGGCAUCUGAUUAUAGUUUUGUUGAUGAUAGAGAUAACCGUUUGAAGAAACGGUAUUUCUCUGAUGUGCCGAAAGGUUUGAAGGUAGAACAUUUGUAUAAAUUUAUCACAAAGCGUUCUCGACUCCGUGAUGGUGCAGCAGAUGAUAUAUGUGAUGAUGUCGAGGUCUGUGAUGAAGAUGCUGUAAAGCUUGCUGAGAUAUACAUAUUAGAAACUGUUCUUUUGGGUAAAGACAUUAAAAGAAAUAUAAGUGAACGUAAUAUGAAAAUCAUAGACGAUCCAGAACUUUGUUCUUCUUUUCCAUGGGGGAGUUACUGCUUUCAAGAACUUAUUGACAAUUUGUCUCAUCUUCCGAAAACAGAAUCUGUGAAAGACAAACCUAUUGGUAGGAUCGCAUCUUAUACGUCACUUGGAUUCCCUUUCUUUUUUAAUGUAUGGAUUAUGGAAGUGUUCAAUGAUUUCCGUCAAUAUUCAAUAUAUGAGGAUCGGGGGCCAAUAAGGAUGUUGUCUUACUCAAGCAUUGGAUGUCCAAAAUAUGACUCACUUUGCGAUGAUUUCUUUAAGAAAACAACUAAAUAUAAGCUUUUCAAGGUGAAUCAAUCAUAUCUUCUCCAAUCUUCAUCAAAAGUUAAUGUUAGCGACAAUGUCAAUAGGGUAUCUGACAAAGUUGAAGAGAUUGUACGUGAGGAUAAUAAUAAAUUUCAAAUAGAGAUGAAAACAAAAAUUAAAGAUAAUCGAAAAAAGUUGAAGAAGUAUGUUAAGAGCGCUGUUAAGGAAAUCAAUGACAAGCUUGAUGUUGUUGUAAAGUUUAUUAAAGAUUUAAAAAAUCAUGAUGAAAGCAAUGAAAACCAUGAGGAAAGCAGUGUGAAAGGCAAUCAAAAGCACGAGGCAGAUGAAAGUACUGAACACAAUGAGGAAAGCAAUGAAAAGCAUGAGGAAGAUGAAAGUAAUGAAAAGCAUGAGGAAAGCAGUCAGAAAAUCAAUGACCAAAGAAAUUAUUCUGAUGGAGAGAAUUAUGAUGGAGAUAAUUAUUGUGAUAGAGAUUUUUUAAAUUUGUCGGGAGACAAACAGAAUGAAAAAGAGGAAGAUGGUGAGUUACUGGAACAAGAUGAACUGUGGAAUAAGGAGUUUGAGUAUGUAAGACCUUCUAUUUCAAUGGCACCAAAUAAGGAGAGUGACAAUGAAGGUCGAGCACAUGUUGAUUCAAUACCAUUAGCUAUGGAUAUUGACUCAGUUCAUCCAGCACAAGUUAAUGGAGAAGCUGUACCAGGCACUGGAAUUUUAUUGCAAGAUCCUUGUAAUGAAUUAAGGCCAGAAUGUAAUGCAAUUGAACCAGUUCCGACAGCAGGUACAGAAAGUUUGAUGGUUAAAACAGGUGAUGGGAAACAAGAGCUUUCUACACCACAUUCCAGUGAAAAGAUUUUACAAAAUACCACAGCUGGAUCAUUAAUUCCAUUAGCCAUGAAUGUUGAAUCAGCCCCACAUGAAGCUGCAGUAGGUGUUGGAUGUUUUGAUGAAGAGACUACUAAUGAAAAAGCAGCAAAUGAUGCAAAUUCAGAGGAAAUUCCUUGUGAUGAAGUAAGAGUGGAAUGUAGUGCCCCUGAUCAAGGUCAGUCAACUGGUACUGAUGUUGAUGCUAUCUGGCAAAAAAUAGCUGAUGGGACAUAUCAAAUUUCAACACCACAGUGCAGUCAAGAUAAUAAGGAAAAUUGUGGAGCUGUGUCAUCAAAGAUACCACCAAUGGAUAUUGAAUCGCUCAAAGAUGCACAAAAUAAGAAAUGCAGUGAUCAAGGUGGACCAAGUGGUGCAGAUGUAAUGAAAGUCUCUCAGGGAAGUGUAACAGAUGGUGUAACAGGAGGUAUAACAGGAGGUACAAAUGUUGAAAAAGGAAAUAUAAUUUUGGAUUCACCUGAAGUGGAACAAGUUAUUCCUAUAGUUAAUGUGAAUGAAGCAUCUGGAGCAAAGGAAAGAGAACCCGAGACUGGUUUGGCAAGUCUUUGUGAAAUGUGCAUCCAAGAAAGUAAAGAUAAUUUUGAAGGAGAUGAAAGGGAGUUGAAAGGAAAAGCACCUCUUGCUAUUGAUGAAAUUAUUGAAAAUAUUCAACAGGGAAGUGAAACAGAUGCUGCAACAGGAGCAUCUGGAGCAAAGGAAAGAGAAUCUGAGACUGGUUUGGCAAGUCUUUCUGAAAUGUGCAUCCAACAAAGUAAAGAUAAUGUUGAAGGAGUUGAAAGGAAGUUGAAAGAAAAAGCACCUCUUGAUGUUCAUGAAAUUAGUGAAAAGAUUCAGCAGGCUCUUGAAAAAAGAUAUCUACGCUGUGUAAGCUUGUUGUCCAGUAUAUUAUACUGGAUGAAUUCUGGAAAAUUAUAUACUAGUAAACGAAAGAGGAAUUCUGUGGAUUCGUUCCCUAAUUUUAAUAUUUUAUCUCAGUCAAGUAUAUCAAUUUAUCCUGAACCUACUGUUGAUCGCACCCCUGCUGAACAAUCUGUUUCUGUUGAUAUACAAAAAAAUGAUUCUGAUAAAAAUAUUGUUUUAUAUUCAAAUGAUAAGAAGGUACAAGGUGAAAAUGAAAAAGAAAAUUUUGCUUACUGUAAAGGAAAAGAAGUGGCAGGAGCACAAGUACCGCAGAUUGCACAAAGUGCGAAUGUAGAAGAAGAAUUGCUUGGUAGAGGAAAAAGAAAUC